AUGCUUUUUAGUCGGGCAGAUAAUUUUUCUGAACCCGCUUUCGUAGUUGCCAGCUUCAUAAUCAUAUCUAUCUAUCUAUCUAUCUAUCUAUCUAUCUAUCUAUCUAUCUAUCUAUCUAAUUCUGUUCAUUAUCUAUCUAUCCAUCUAUCUAUCUAUCUAUCUAUCCAUCUAGUCAUAUCUAUCUAUCUAUUCAUCUAUCCAUCCAUCCAUCCAUCCAUCCAUCCAAUUCUUCACAUCCAUCCAUCUAUCCAUCCAUCCAUCCAUCUAUCUAAUUCUGUUCAUUAUUCAUCUCAUCUAUCUAUCUAUCCAUCUAUCCAUCUAUCUAUCCAUAAUUCUGUUCAUUAUCUCAUCUAUUCAUCUAUCUAUCCAUCUAUCAUAUCUAUCUAUCUAUCUAUCUCAUUCUGUUCAUCCAUUCAUCUAUCCAUCUAUCUAUCUAUCUAUCUAAUUCUGUUCAUUAUAUCCAUCAUAUCUAUCUAUCUAUCUAUCUAUCUUUCAGUUUGCACAUAUCUAUCUAAUUCUAUUCAUUAUCCAUCUAUCUAUCUAUCUAUUUGCUCAUAUCUAAUUCUGUUCAUUAUCUAUCUAUCUUUCUAUCUUAUUCUAUUCAUUAUCUAUCUAUCUAUCUAUCUACCUAUCUAUCUAUCUAUCUAUCUAUCUAAUUCUGUUCAUUAUCUAUCUAUCUAUCUAUCUAUCUAUCUGACUUGCCGAUCUAGGCCGGUUGAUAUUUAUUUCUCUCUCUCUCUCUCUCUCUCUCUCUCUCUCUCUCUCUCUCUCACACACACACACACACACUUUCUAAUUCUCUCUAUCAAUCUAUCUUUCUAA